UCCUUAGCUUCCUCUCGGUACACGUCAUGCAAACAGCAGCUUCAAGCUUCUGAGCAUGCGCGCAUAGAGCUCCUCCUUCUACAACCGCGACUCGAAGAGAAACACGAUAAUGAUGAUGAAGAUGCUGCACGUGCUUUUGGUCCUUGCUCUGAUUGUCUUGGGUUCAGGAGAAGAGGGAGCUCGUCUGCUGGCCUCUAAAUCCCUGCUGAACCGCUAUGCUGUGGAGGGCCGUGAUCUCACCCUGCAGUACAACGUCUACAAUGUGGGCUCCAGUGCUGCUCUGGAGGUGGAGCUGUCGGAUGAUUCUUUUCCCCCAGAAGACUUUGGAAUCGUUUCAGGGAUGUUGAAUGUCAAAUGGGACCGGAUUGCGCCAGCGAGCAACGUCUCUCACACCGUGGUGCUGCGCCCCCUGAAGGCUGGGUACUUUAACUUCACCUCUGCCUCUGUCAGCUACCUGGCCCAGGAAGGAGGACAAGUCGUGGUGGGCUACACCAGCGCCCCCGGCCAAGGAGGCAUCCUGGCUCAGCGGGAGUUUGACCGCCGCUUCUCCCCACACUAUCUGGAUUGGGCUGCGUUCGGUGUGAUGACACUGCCCUCCAUUGGCAUCCCUCUGCUCCUCUGGUACUCCAGCAAGAGGAAGUAUGACUCCCCAAAGGCCAAGAAGAACUGAAAAGCACAGUUUAAGGUGGGGGGGAAGGGGUCUCUGAAUAGCUUAAUAACCCAUAUUGGGGUUGAAAGUCAAAAGAAAGUGCGGUGACCAAGGAACGUGAUUGUGAUUCAGAGACCUUUUGGAUCAGGAAAUAGAACAACAGCUAAAGUAAGGGGAACCGUUUCAGUGUCAUGAACGUAAACGCUCUGUUCUCAACUACAGCUGCUGGCCAUUUGACAUGGGUUCAUGAGACAGAACAAUUACAAUGGCUGUUACUACUGUAACUGAAUUUUGUGUACAUAUGGAACUGAAUUCAGAUUUGAAGUUUCUAGCCAGUUGUUGAAAAUAAAGUUUUUUUUCUAAAUCUC